AUGCCAGUAAACCCCAAGCCGUUUCUGAACGCUCUUACCGGCAAAUCGGUUGUCGUCAGAUUGAAAUGGGGAAUGGAGUACAAGGGCUACCUGGUGUCGGUGGAUGCGUACAUGAAUUUACAGCUGGCCAAUACCGAGGAGUACAUUGAUGGUGCUCUGUUAGGAAAUCUUGGCGAAGUUCUUAUAAGGUGUAACAACGUGCUGUUCAUUCGUGGUUUAGACGAAACCGAAGAAGGCGAGAUGCGAGAAUAG